UAAAAAUUGUCGACGGAAAAUUUCCCAAUUUCUGUUUGCCCUCAUCGCUUUGCUCUUGUUUCCCCUUCCGAUCGAUCGAUUAUCUCCUCCUUUCGGGAACCCACAAUCGGCAGAAUCAUUCUGAUUCUUUGAUCUUUAUCGCAUUCGUUUUAAACAGGUUCUGUUCAUCAAAUUUAUUUUUUUUCUCUCUCGAUUAUUUCAAAACCCUAGUUUGAUUAGGUCAUCUGAGAAUGAUAUAGAUAUGUUCGUAGGAUUCAAGCUCUAUGAAAUUUUUGGUGCGUCGAUUUUAGUUUGCAUCUGAAAUUGAGGGUUCUGUUGUUGUUGUUAGAAUAGAUCCAUCUUUCAUUCAUUUAGGGUUAUUUCAUUUUUUUUCAAUCUUUUUUAAAAAUAUCUAAAAAAAAUUAGAAAACAGAAAAAAAAAAAUCAAAAAAAAAAAAAUUUUGUUCACCAUGGCUUUGAAUUUUUCCCAUCCAAUAGUUUCUCCUGUAAGGAUUAGGAAUGGUUAUUUUAAUGGAGGAGAUAGUUAUGGUUUUGAGAGGGAUAGAACUGAGCGAUCUGGUGGUGUUUCGGAAUCCAUAUCUAAAGAAGUUAUUGAUUUAUUGCCUUCGGAUCCAUUUGAUAUGAAUGUAUCCACAUUUACAUAUAUUACUGAUUGGUUGGAGAAUUUGGACUUAGAAUAUGGAGGAUUUGGAAGAAAUAUGAUUGAAAACAAUCAGUAUAAUUUGUUGGCAAGCUUGAAUUUAGUUUGGACUAAUGUUGUUCGGUUCCAACCAUUUUCCACCGAUUUGACAUUGCAUCCUGUUAUUUCCGACGCUUUUUUCCAACAUGGUUUAGAGUUGGGUUCUACGCUUGAGUCAGCGAAUGUUGAGAGACAUGGUUUAGAGUUGGGAUCUACGCUUGAGUCAACAAAUGUUGAGAGACAUGGUUUAGAGUUGGGAUCUACGCUUGAGUCAGCGAAUGCUGAGAGACAUGGUUUAGAGUUGGGAUCUGCGCUUGAGUCUGCGAAUGUUGAGAGUUCUUCUUAUGGGGACGACGAAGGAGUACCAAAUGCUUCUCUUGAGUUUGCUCUAAGAUUUUUGAGCUUGCGAGAUCUCCUUUCUGUUCAAGGUGUUUGCAGGUCUUUGCGUUCUUCUGUUCAGACCGAUCCAUCUCUUUGGAUGUCUAUAAAUGUUAAUUAUCCUUUGAACGAGAAAAUCACUGAUGAUAUUCUUUUUGAAUUAACGAGUAAGGCUCAAGGGAAACUCAAGUCCUUGAGCUUGGUAGAGUGCCCUAAAAUUACUGAUGAUGGGUUUAAACGUGUCCUCGAGACCAAUCUUCAGUUAGCAAAGCUGAGUGUUGCGGGUUGUACAAGAGUAAGUGUAGAAGGCAUUGUGAGUACGAUGAAGAAGCUCAAAUCUGAAGGUACUUUAUGUAUAAAACAUCUCAGAGUCGGUGGACUUUGUGGAAUGAAAGAAAAGCAUUUUGAGGAUCUAAAAAUCUUAUUAGAGAUCCAUAACUGCAAACUACAAAAUAAUCAUAAGCCACGUUUUUUCCGUGGAGGGCAUAAUCCGUAUCUGUUGUGUGACGAUGAUCUCCCUAUUGAUAUAGAACAUUGCCCGAAAUGUCAAAGAUUGGGACUUGUUUAUGAUUGUCCGGUAGAGGAUUGCCAAGGGGAAGGUGGUAAUCGUAGUCAAGUUUGUAGAGGAUGCAUUUUGUGCAUUCCACGAUGUGUAGAUUGCGGUUGUUGUAUCAAUGACAGUGAGUACGAGGAAACCUUUUUCCUUGAUCGCCGGUGCUUAGAUUGUUCUUGGUCGUUGUUCGACGAUGAUGAUAACAUUGCUCCUUUUACUGGCGAGAAUUCUUCGGGCAAUGAAUCAAGUGGCUAAGAAUUAUUUGUAAUUUUUUCAAGAGGUAGAUUCUCUCCUCUAAAAAAAUAAUAAAUAAUGCUUAUGUUUGGCAAAAAAAAAACAUAAUUUUAGAUAUUAUUGUGAUGAACUAUUAAAGUUUGGCUGGUGAAAUUGAAUAAGAAGGAAAGGGUGAAAUGAAAAAGAAUGGGAGGUUAUGUAAU